AUGUUAGGUUCCCAAGAUAGUACUGUUGAGCAGAAACCAAAGAUAUCUGAAAUUUCGAGAUCCAUGCGGCAACCUGGUUUGAACAAUGGAACCUCCAUUUCAGAGUUAUCGUCUCCACCUGCUCAGACAUUCAUUCGAGUUAAAGAGGAACCUAAAUGCUACAAAUACAAAGAAGUCAUUGACCUUGAGUGUGGUGUUCAACCUGAGCCUGCAGGGUGUUGUGAGGUGUCGUCGGUGACCAACUGUGAUGAAGAUCCAGAAACUUCUUUUGUUAGGGGAACCUCUUGUAUGAUCAAAGGUUGUUCAGCAGCCAGUUCGUGUUCUUGCUCGAAGAAUGAAAGCUCGAGCUCAGCAACAGGUUUUAGAUCUCUGAGGUCUCCUGAUCAGUUCUUAAAGCAGCAUAGAUCUACUGCAAGUUUCAGAAAAACUCCUCUUGGAGCUGAAUCGUCUGUAACUCCAGAGAGACAUUCCAUUGGUGAUUUGACUCCAGAAGCAGAGUCAUCUUAUAAAAAAAGUGUUAAUUCCCAUGCUCUGAAGAGAAGAAAGUUUAUUAGCUCUCCAGUCAUCAUUGAUCUUGAAGAAGAAGACAACAGUAAUGAUCCUAGUACUAGACCAGCGGAUCACACGAGUUUCACAAGAAGAAUUGAAUUUGGGUUUGGUGGUAACGAACCAAGAUCCCAAAACUACAAUGUAUCUUGUUCUAUCUGCAGAAGUCCUUUAGGUCACCCUGAGAGCCACUCAUACAUCAGUUGCUCCUUGACUUCGUCGUCCAAAACGUAUUUGAUGUCUCUGCUGAAAGAAACAUCAGGAAGUGGUUCUUCAGAAAUGCCAACAAGUGUUUCAGUUGUCAUGACAGACAGCUCAUUGGUUAAUCAGAGACUCUGCAGAAGUUCUGAAGGCUCAAAAGCUAUUUGGUGCGACGAAGAUGGAUGUGUUUUCAAUUCUAUCUUCUGCCCUUUCUGCAAUAUCCCAAACACUUGUCUUGGAGUCCAAGUCAUGGCAACUGAUUCGUCAAAUGUCCAGUUUAUGAGAAAAACUUUGUUCUUUGCUGAUCAAGUAGAUGUCACAGAAGUUGAUGCAAGCAAGGAAACAGCGUUAAAGCAUAAGUUGAGAUUGCCAAAGCAAGAGGACCCAGAAAACUAA